UGCUUGUAUUGUGUAUGAUAGCUGCGGAAGAGCUGGUCUCUACAUGCUACCAGCUUGGCUGUGUCUCCCUUCUGACGUCCCUGCUGGCUGCUUCCAUCUCUGCACGUCACAGUCUGCCCAGACAUCAUCCCCUUUCAAAGCCGAACACAAGAUGUUGUCUGUGGCCCUGCUCAGCUCUUUCUUUGCCCAUCGUUCUCCACUCCCUGCACUCCACCCUCUGGCAUCUCAAGCUGGACAUCCUCCAGAGUACCUGACUUCUUCCUUCAAAAGCUUCUGAAACCCAUCUGUAUAAAUAGCUCAGCUGUAUCCCUUCUGCUUACAGGUGCCCAGAGAGAAUAUGCCCUCUGUCGCACAGUGUGUUUUUCUGCUUGGCUCCACUGAUCUGGCCUGAAUCGAUUUGCAAGCUUCCCUGGUCACGGACAAAACCCAGGAAACACAAACUAAUGCAGUCUGACAACCCAACCCUCAAAAUGCAUUGGAGCUCCUCUCCUGAGCUGUUCCCUUCUCUUUCUGCGUCUUUAUGCGAACCCCUUCUAGUGUGUGGAGCUUUUAGGAAACCUUGAACUUCUGGUAAAGGCUUUUGGUUGGGACUCUAAGGUGGUGACUCAGUACCAGGACAAGCCACACAGUUCUGCUGUGACCUUGCAAACAUGCCUUAAAUUCUUAAUAUAGCACUAAGAGUUCCUUCUUCAGGAGUUGCACAAGAGAAAAACAGAAGUGUGCAAUUAAGAGGUGUGUGGGUCAACUGUACCGGGCACUGGGCACGCCACAGUCCCUCUUUGCGUGUCUGAGUCCUAGCCUGGGCUGCUGAAGCUGCUCGGGAGAGCUCCAAGGGAAGUUUUGGCCUUAGAGAACCACAGCAUGUGUCUAUUAAAACACAACAUAUUACGUUACUGAAGCACGAUCUGUUUGUUCUCCAUAUCUUUUAAGUGUGCCUAUAUAGCGUGAUGCAGUUGGGCUCUGGCUGCCAUUGCUGGAUGCUCCUGUGUUAUGAACAGGUAGAAUUGGUCUGUCGCUCAGCUGUGCCUUUAAGCAGCUCUGGAGUUAAGCCUGGGAUCCUGGAAGAGUCACAGCAAAUCCACCCGUUUGGAAAGGAAGCAGUUAAAGUUGCCCAGUUUGCCAGGAAAUUGAAUAAACUAGAAGCAGUGCUUAAGUCUCAGACCAUUCAGUGGAGACCACAGUUAGAGCCAGUGAACAGUGCUGUAGUGUCUGCAGACUCCCUGCUUCCCCUCCCACCUCCAUUUGCAGAACUUUAAAAAAAGAAAAAAGGAUUGGGCUUGAGACCACAAGCUCAGAGCCAGUGGAGCUCAAAUAGUCGGCCAGCUGGAGCUGAGAAAAGAGGGACCCGCUGACCCUGUUCUUGCUACCAAAAGUGUUGGUGGAGAGACCCCAGUGUGUCCAGACAUACCUGAUUUGCAGUAACCAGAUUAGAGAUUUGGACCAGCAGCCUCUUGAGUGUUUCUCUCAUGGUGUAUAAUGUGAUUAGAGGGGAAGAUGUGACAAUGUAAAGCUCAUAGAAAUGAAAUUGGAUUGCCUGUGGCUAUUGGAGACCUUUGCCUGGGUCCCACUUUUCUACGUGCCUUUUUGAAUACCUCUGUUGUAAAGAUGUCUCACGAUCACCACAUGAACAGCUCCACGUUGCCAACCACGCAUCCUCCUGAACAUGACCACUCAACAGCAGCCCCAGAACAUGAUCAUGGAUCUGGAAUGAUGAUGAUGGCAAUGACCUUCCAAUUCAGCUAUGAGAAUGUGCCAUUGCUGUUUUCUGGACUUACAAUCAAUACUCCUGGAGAAAUGGCUGGUGCUUUUGUGGCUGUCUUCUUCCUGGCCAUGUUUUAUGAAGGCCUUAAAAUUGCCCGAGAGUGUCUGCUCCGUAAAUCCCAAGUCAGCAUUCGCUACAACUCCAUGCCAGUGCCAGGUCCCAACGGCACUAUCUUGAUGGAGACACACAAAACUGUUGGACAGCAGAUGCUGAGCUUCCCUCACCUCCUGCAGACUGUACUGCACAUCAUUCAAGUCGUGGUCAGUUACUUCCUCAUGCUGAUCUUCAUGACGUACAACGGAUACCUCUGCAUAGCUGUGGCAGCAGGGGCAGGGACAGGCUAUUUCUUCUUCAGCUGGAAAAAGGCAGUCGUCGUGGAUAUCACGGAGCACUGCCAUUAACAGUGGGUGCAGCCCAGAAGCCUCUCCACCCCACUGCUCUCUUGAAGUGCAGCCAUCAUGAGGACUGGAUCAUUCCUAAGCUGAAAGAGAAACAAUAGAAAGAAAAUCAACCGGAGUUCACCACAAGUUCCUAGCUGGGGUGUAGGGAUGUGAGGAGCUGGGGUACGCUGCUCCUCCUUGCUGCAGGCUGGCAGCAGGAUUGAUUGUUGAGGGUCCUGUGGUAGCCGCUCUUGGCUAGGAUUUGCUUUAUUCUUAGAUUAUGCCGUGAUUGAAAUUAGUUGGCUGACAGAAAUGUAGAAAUUAUUCUUUAAAAAAAAAGUAUUUUAUUUUUAAAUUGUAAAUGCUCUUCUGUGAGGGUUUUAUGAACAGUAGGUAAAGAUCGAAGUUGCCAAUGGAGCCUACGUAUGCAAAUGGCUAUUUUAAUUCUACUUUUUUUUUUUCAAUACCUACAUAAUGCAGGGGAGGAGAUCUCCCUGGCAUUGUGGCUUUUGGGGCCAAUGAUGCCUUCUGUUGCAGAAGGACUCAGCCUCUGAGGAAGACUUGGUGCUGCACAUGGGACACGCUCAGCUGUGUCCUGCCAAGGGAGUACUUUGACAGAAGUAUGUGACCCAGGUGCUUCAGGACCCGUCAGAGUAGGGUGAGUGGUGUUAAUCAUCUGAUGUACCCAGCAGCUUUACUCAGCUUCAAGUGAGAACAGUUGGGUUUGGCUGCUUUCACUUCCCAAUCAUGGAAAUAAACAGCAUAGAUGCAGGACAACAAUUGCGUAUUCACAGGGCAAAAAAUUUAAAAUCAACCAUUGAACCCGUAUUUACUUCAUGCUGAAUUGCACCUGGAUGGAUCUAGAGCUAGACUUUUGGUUUACUAAAACUAGUUCUGUAAAUGAAGCAAGAGCUAAAUAAUGAUUUAAUGACACUAAAAGUUAAAAUGUCUGAAGAGGGUGCUCCUUGAUUUGAGAUGAAGGAAAUAAAACAACCAUGUUCCUGUAAAGGAGAGAUUUGGGGAAGAGAAGAAAUAAAAGAUAGGACUACAGCAGCCUUCACACUCUUCUCAGGUGAAAUUUGGAGCAGCGUGGGCUGAUUAAAAAGUAUUCCUGACCCAAAACACUCCUCUUUGUCCUAACAAUCAUGCUGUGACUGUGUUAGCUUGGAGGUGCAAGAAUUAUCCGUGCCAGUCGGGGACAAGUGGUGUAGCAUAGUAAAGAACUUCCCGUUCAGUGCAGUGAGCUCUACACAUUUCACGGGCAAGACAGGCAGAGGCACAGGCAAAACCAGCUUGCGGCAUGCCUGAUGGACAUCAUGUUUUCUUUGGGCAGUGCAAAGACAGAAUAAAAGGAGAUGAGUUAAAAGCAGGCUUAGGUUCCUAAAGAGCUGCUUUCUGUAGCAAAUUUGCAUCUGAGUGAGAGAGGCAAAGUUAUUUUCAUGGAAAAAUUCUAGCCACCUCCUGAUGAGAAAAGCUCUUCCUCAGUCUGGUCUGCGAAGGGAGUUGUGUCUGGAACAGACUGCAGGACAUACUGAUGCCCUCUCUGCAUCUGUCACAACGGUCAAAUCUUGCGUGCCCUCUAAGCAAUCAUGCCUCUGUGAGAGCGGAAAACAGACCCUUCCCAUCCCUGUGUGAGGAAAUCAUAGUGUUUGUCAGAGAAAAUUGAAGCAGUGAAGUGCUGGAGAUGGUCGUGUAUGUUUUGAAAGCUUUAUGCUGCAGGGGCUCAAUCUCUGAAGGAGUUCAGAGCCAACGUUGCCAACACUGCUCUGAUCUGUUUCCCUUGAACGAGAUGGAGUUGUUGCCGUUACAGGGACGUCUGAUCAUAGGGUGUAGUCAUGAGUGGCUUUGUGUGAUGACACUAGUCACUUCAUAUACCUCUUGCGGUGUCUCUCUCUAAAAUAGAACCUCUGCUUGGCCUGAUCCUCUUGCUGUCACCUUUUAGCCACCUUUCCUUGUAAUCAAGUGACCAGACUUGAAUUCUCUGAUUCAAGUGAUCAGAGAUGGACGACUUGAAGAUUAGGCAAUAGCUGUGGUUUUUACAAUAUAAAUUUGGUUCUCGUUAGCUUUUCUGCCUCGUUCUACGUGUAGCAUCUGUGCCCUUGAAAUUGUUUCUCCCCUGAGGAGGACUACUUCUGUCUUGAAGGAGUUAUCUCCUGCCCACGCUCUCACAGGAGGGCACACCACUUUCUCCAGUGUGCAGAGAGGGAAUUGUGGUCGCUUGGGGAGCAGGAACCUGGGCAGAAAUUCCCCAAGUGUCCAGCAAGCACCCCAGCUACCUCCCAGCAGCCUGGAAGAAUGAUGGCUUCAGCAUCAGGCAGCACCCGAGUUAGAAACAGGAGCCCAGGCUGGGCUCUGGGGAGAGGUGCGCAAGGGAAGGUGGUUAAGGUGAGGAGAUGGAGGGUGGUGUCCUCUCUGCUGCAGAGCUCACUGAUACAGAACUGAAAGGGAUGUCGCUCGUGUCUCCCUGCCAGCUCUGCCCAUGCUUGCUUUUGGUACCACAUUGACAAUCCAGAGAAGCCACCUACCUCCCUGUGUCCCAGCCUCCCCCUGGUCCACCACUUGCCACCAGCUGCUGUGUUCUUGGCCCAGGUUGCCAUUUGCUUUGCAGAGGCUGAGCAAAGCCUGGCCUCCCUACUCAUGACUUGUGACUGCUUUGGUGCAGUCCCAGCCUUUCUGCUGGCUGUAGUUAAAGCUGUCCUGGUAACACUAAACUCGCAUGAAGUAGUUUUGGAGGGAGGUGAGGACUUACUGACUACGAGACUUGAGUAAAUUAAAUUCGUAUGUCACCACACGUGUAGCAUGCUUGGAAUGUGAUGUCCUGCAUCUGUCUCUGUACCCUGAUGUUUGGUCUCCACACGCUGUGCCUUUGGAUUAUCAUCUUGGAAGAAGUGCAUGAAGUAUCCGGGCUGUGUUCAUCAUCUGGCUUUUGUUGGUUUUCUUUGAGUGCCUUUUCAGUGUUUCUGGAGCCAGUCCCACCAAAUCCAGCAGGAUUUCUAGUUUUGUUUACAGUGGACUGUCAUUUUUGGUUUUACUCUUGCUCUUUGUGGAGGUAACUUGUCUAAUGUUACUGUGAAUAUCAAGAAUCUCCUGUAUAUAAUUAACCAAUAAAAUAGAUUGCAUUUUA